CAUAAAACAAAUAUAGCAAGACCCAAGAGCUAGAUUGACCUGUCACUAUACCGAAGAUAUACCGGACGUCAGUUUGUACAAGAUUAAAAUGGCUCUCAAGCACCUGAAAUACAACAAGGCACCGGGUGUUACGGCAUCAUGGCUGAGCUUCGCCGGUACGGUAAAGGCUCUAGAGAAGCAGUUCAAUUCCGUCAUCCAAGCUGUUUUCGAGAGUCCUUACGAAUCAUCUCGUUCGCAGACUCAUCGACUUCCAGCCUUCCGAACAAGCUUGUUUCCGAAAAGGCUUUAGUAUUAUGGUACACACACAGGUACGCUACGGCAGAUUAUACAGAAGACCAAGGAUUCGCGGACGAUAUCGUAGUCAUGACUGAGACCUUGGAAGAUCUAUGUACAAUGCUCAAUGGCCUUUCCAGAACCUUUCAACAAGUGGGUCGCAAAAUGAACAUAGACAAGACAAAAAUCAUGUCAAUUUUUCGUAUUGCACCCACUCUUCUGAAGGUUGGAGACUCUACACUCGAAGUUGUUGACAAUUGUGUAUACCUGGGACAAAGAGUCCAGAUAGGUAGGUCUAACUUUGAGAGGUCUAUCGCUGAAUUUAACUCAGCUAAGCAGCGUUCGGGAAGCUUCGCUAUUACGUCUGAAAUAUCAUAGUGUCUCAAGACAAAAUUCUUCGACCAGUGUAUGUUGCCAGUGAUGGUGUAUGGAUGAGGAUGUGAAACGUGGUCGCUUACUAUGAGCCUAAUAAGAAGGCCCAAAAGCCGAUGGAGCGUUCUAUGCUCGGAAUUUUCCUGCGUGAUCGAAUCAGAAAUGAGAAGAUCGGCAAGAGAACCAAAGUGACCGACAUAGCACGCAGAAUUGAAGGAAGAACCUGGAUGCGGACAGUGCACGACCGGCUGCUAUGGACAUCCUUGGGGGAGGCCUUAGUCCAGUAGUGGACGUCAUUUAGCUGAAACGAACGAUCGAACGAAAAAUAAAAUAA